AUGUACACCACACUGCAGCAAACGUGUAAAACUAAAACACCCAAAGUGUUUGAAGACACCAUGCGGGUUCCAGUGAAGAUGGAGUACGAGCUGGGAGAGCAGACAGAGCAUCGCCUCAAGGAAAUGGGUGCCUGCUGUGUGGGGGAAACCUUAGACGUAGAGUACUACUACGAUACUGACAGCUUCCAACUGGCUUCUACACAGACCUGGUUGAAUCAGCAUAACGGCCAAUGGGGAUUGAUCCUGGCAGAAGAACAAGAACUUAAUCACACUCUAUCCUACAACACCAAAAAAGAAACAUCAAGCAAUGAGUGUCCUGAGAAGGUCAUGUCCAAAAGCCAGGUUCAGAGAACAUCCUCAGAUACAUCUCUGACAUACACAGAACUAAGUGACCCAUGCUCCAUCAUGCUGCAUCUCUCAAAGUGUCUCCAACUCCCUCUGACCCACAAUGAAAUGCAAAGCAUGACCAUGAAGAACUUCUUGAACAUGGCCCGGAUCCAGAUGUAUGACAGCUGGACCAGGACGAGCACAAUAAAGUACUCUCUUCCUGGUGGCUUCUCACUGGUGGUGGAGAGAAACUACAAGAUUCCCGCUGAAACUGCAACUGCAUUUUUGAUGAUGAAUGCCGAUGUGCUGAGCAUAAGCAGUGAGCUGGAAAAGAUGGAUCGACUGUGUAAAGAACUAGGCCUAAAACCAAAGGCAAGCUCAGAUGAAUGAUUAUAAACGAUUGUUGAAGCCAGUUGGCACACAUGCUGUGACACAACAAAUCUAAAAUCUAAUGAAAGUGCCAAAAAUAACAGUCUCUCUCUUUUAAAAAUAACCUCUAAAACUGAUAUAUAAUAACUUUACAAACUUCAUGGUAACCCUUUACAAUAAUUAGGUUUCAAGACAGAACAUUUUUAGUACUAUAUUAUCUAUAUUUAUUAUAAUAUAACAUAAUAUAAUAAAAUUUUAUGUAAUGCAACGGACCCAUUUUAGUGUUCUGAAAUUUAGUGGCAAGGUCAUUUAACAAAAUUUAUAGUAUUACAAAUGUAACCUUUUAUGAUUUAUGA